GCGCGCAAUGGGGGCCGCCGGCGGCCGAGCCAUGGUGGGGCUGCUCGUCUUCGUCGCCGCCGCCGCCUCCUCCUCCGGGGAGCCCUCGGGGCUGCGCUUCUCCGACGACCUCCUCACCCUCUACGGGGCCAACGGGAGCCUGGAGGCGGCCCACGUGAGCCGGCUGCUGCGGGAGCUGGGCGCCGCGCCCGUGCGGGCCCCGCAGGACCUGGCCCCGCUGCACCACAACCAGUGCUUGUCGGCCGAAGAGAUUUUUUCCACUCUCGGAGUUUCCAAUGAAACCCAGAUAACCAGUGAAAACUUCUCGACAAUAUGUCCCGCGGUCUUACAGCAGCUGGUGUUUCACCCCUGCAGUGCUUCCUCAGAACACAGACAUAAACCGACGCCCUCAGAAGUUUGGGGAUAUGGAUUCCUCGCAGUGACCGUCAUUAAUCUGGCCUCUCUCCUUGGAAUGUUUUUCAUUCCUUGGAUAAAGAAGCCCUAUUUUCCCAAGAUUUUGACCUAUUUUGUAGGCCUGGCCAUCGGGACUCUCUUCUCAAAUGCGAUUUUCCAGCUUAUUCCAGAGGCAUUUGGAUUUGACCCAAAAGUGGAUAACUACAUUGAAAAAUCAGCUGCCGUGUUUGGUGGAUUUUAUAUCCUUUUCUUUGUAGAAAGGGUACUGAAGAUGAUAUUGGUGACCUAUGGACAGGCCGAUCACAUGCACUUUGCAGAUACUGAGGAGCGCCGUUCUCAGGUAAAAGCCGAUCAGCCCAAACCAUUGCCUUCCAGUAACGGCGGGACAUGCUAUGCAAAUCCAGGAGUGAGCGAGCCCAAUGGACAGCUGCAUUUCGAUAAUGUCAGUGUGGUCUCUUUCCAGGAUGGGAAAGAGCAGUCGAGUCUGUGUAAGUGCUUCAGAGGGCCCAAGCUGUCGGAAAUCGGCACGAUCGCCUGGAUGAUCACCCUCAGCGACGCCCUCCACAACUUCAUCGAUGGCCUGGCCAUCGGGGCCUCCUGCACCCUGUCGCUCCUUCAGGGAAUCAGCACGUCGAUAGCGAUCCUCUGCGAGGAGUUUCCUCACGAACUCGGAGACUUUGUGAUUUUACUCAAUGCGGGAAUGAGCACUCGACAAGCUCUCUUUUUCAACUUCCUUUCCGCAUGCUCCUGCUACCUUGGGCUGAUCUUCGGCAUAUUGGUGGGCAACAAUUUUACUCCAAAUAUCAUCUUCGCUCUAGCUGGUGGGAUGUUCCUGUAUAUUUCCCUGGCAGACAUGUUCCCAGAGAUGAAUGACAUGCUGAGAGAAAAAGUAACUGGAAGGAAAACAGAUUUCACCUACUUCGUUAUCCAGAAUGCAGGCUUGCUCACGGGGUUUACGGCUAUCCUGCUCAUUACCUUGUACGCAGGAAAUAUUGACCUGCAUUAAUUCGGCUCUGAGGACGGCCCAGAUGAUGAAGGCAUUUAGCAAUUAAAAACCAAAAAAACCGAAGAGCUCUUUUUACAUUCCCAAAGGGCCUGUCAGUUGAUUUUACUUGAUUGAGGUAACCCUGCGUUCUUUUGUAAGUCCUUUUUUAGACCCAUAAAAAUGGGCCACCAGCUGGGUAGGUCUCGCGAACCGAGGCAGAAGCUGGAUCCCCCUUACCCAGGGCAGGCACUUACGGUCCCCGAUCCUUUGGAAACUGUUGGGGUUUCACGGUCUGUGAACUGAAGAGCCGUCGGGAAGCUCAAAGCCUCCACGCCACGUGACUCGGGCAAAAAACACAAUGCCUGGGCUCGAGAGAAGGAAUCAGGGCAGGCCCCUGAAAUGGUUUGAAUGGUUUUUGCGGUGGAAGUGAACGUGGAAGCGAUUUCAGGGCAGGUUAAUUUCUCUUAAACGUCUCUCGGACAAGUCUUUCGCAACUUGGAAGAGAAUCGAGACUACUUCCUCCCAGAAAUAAGGACUCCGAAGUCUUAAUUACUAAUUAACACUGGAAGAAAAGAGAUCAGUCGCAGCUUUUGAGCUGCUUCCUUUUUAUAUGCACUAGGGAGUUUGGGAUUUUACAAGCCUCCUUUUAAAUAAGUGAUAAAUGUGUUAACACUUCUAACCAGCGAUGGAUUCCAAACAUUUUUAAUGCACAUUUUACCUCAGAAUUGAUUUAAUAUGUUUUUCUUGACUAGGGGUUUUUUUGUUUUUUUUUUAGUUCAAAUAAUUUAAUUCUGAAACCUGAACUGCCUUUCUGAUUUGGGCCAGUCCUGUUGACAAAUAGCGUUCGUGAGAAGCUACUGAAGAAGCUCAGCAUCGGUGUUUAAUUACUAUGUCUCGUAAAAAUGGCAAAUGUAUUUGUACAUGGCAGGGCCUUGUGAGAAAUUUAAAUAAGUGACAUGUGAAAGAGGGCAGCAUAUUGGUGCACAAAGGACGUUUUUAAUAAGGGCAAGAAGAGCGGGACUUAUGUGGGUGAACGUGAGAUACCAUGCCAAAGAAAGUAAUGUGAAUUAUUGCAAACUAUCGAAAGAAGACUUUUUUUCGUUAAUUUUUAGUUUUCCUCGAUUGGUUGAGUACCUGCCAACUGGAUUCUGUGCUCUCAGGUUAAUUUUGUACCUUUUGGCCGAAGGGCAGGAGACAUUAGCUGUACAUCCAGCUAACUAACACUAUGAAUUGCCCCGAACUGGUUGAUUCUUGACUCCUCACCCUUUCACUCGCGAGACCGGUUCCCACUCGUGUAAUCAGAGGGAGAGUCACUAGGCAACCAAAAAAUGAUUGAUUGAGAUCACUAUUUAUUUCAGGAACUGAAUUUUCUCCCUGAUUUGUAAAAAUGUUUCCGUGCGGCAAUAAAGUUGACUUGAUGAGCAUUUUAGCUGGAUAUCAUUUUAUGGCUGCCGAUCUUUUUUCAAAGUUUCAAAAAAUAAACUACCCUAGAACUGUGAA